CAGACUAGAGGAUCAUGAUGGCCCCUUCUGGCCUUACAGUUUAUGAGUCCAUGAGUCUAAGAACCUUUAUGCUUUGGCUCAGAUAGUUUUAGAAUCGUCCCAGCCACUUCCCAAAGUCUUUUUGUUAUAACCCUUUAAUGUGAUUUUAAGGCCAAUGAUUUUCCAUAGCACUGGUUAUGGAAAUGGAUUUAUAGAACUGAGCUUUAGAAAUCUAAAUACAUAAAUGCUUGUCUUUAAAAAAAACCAAAAACAGAAUGUGAAUGAAAACAAUCAGGAAAACAAUGGCAGAAACUCCCACCAGACUGUAAGCAUCAACAACGAUAAGCAGGUGGCCAACAUUGACUCAAACAAUGGCUGGAACUCAUGGAACUCCGUCUGGGACUACGGCAAUGGUUUCAUUGCAACCAGGAUACUUUCAAAGAAAGCCUGCAUCAUUGCUAAAAAUAACAAAAACGUUAUGCCUGAUGUUGUAGAGCUUCCCCAGCUGAUUAAAGAAAAGAAGAAGGCUGGCUCUCGAGGGCCUUCCCCAGUGGAACUGCGAUUCACCGUCUCAAAAAUCAGAGUCAGUGACUUGGCCCUGUAUGGGAAGUCUGUUGAAGCUAUGUGUAGAGGAAUUCCAACCUAUGUUGCUCGCGAAGCUCGUGAGUACAGAUUUAACUAA